UCUAGCGAGGCGGAAGACAGCUCCUCUUGCGUACAGGGCGCGCGUUGUUGUGGUUUGAUGAGCUGCUGGAAACCAACCUUCCUUUUCAAUCUGUAAUAAUAUUUAUCUUUAUUAUUUUUCCUGAAGAAAUCGCCAGCUCAAAAGAAACGGAUACAGAGUAAAAAUCGAUCGUAACAACAAAAGAAAAUAAACGCAACUGGUUCCAUGGAGUCUCAUGGUAAAGAAGAAUCCAGGGGACCUGUUCUGCAUAUCGUAGUGGUGGGAUUUCAUCAUAAGAAGGGCUGUCAGGUAGAAUUUUCAUACCCACCACUAAUUCCAGAAGAAGGACAUGAUAGCAGCACACUACCUGAAGAAUGGAAAUACCUUCCAUUUUUAGCUUUGCCUGAUGGAGCUCACAAUUUUCAAGAAGAUACCAUCUUUUUCCAUUUGCCUCCCAGAUGUGGUGAACGAAAAACUGUGUAUGGUGUAUCUUGCUAUAGGCAGAUUGAAGCUAAGGCACUUAAAGUUCGUCAAGCUGAUGUGACAAGAGAAACUGUACAGAAGAGUGUCUGUGUACUUAGCAAGCUGCCAUUAUAUGGACUGCUACAAGCAAAAUUGCAGCUUAUUACACAUGCUUAUUUUGAAGAAAAAGAUUUUUCACAAAUUUCUAUUUUGAAGGAACUUUAUGAACAUAUGAAUGGAUCAUUAGGAGGCACAUUACUAGAGGGUUCUCAGGUUUACCUUGGUUUAUCUCCAAGAGAUCUUAUACUUCAGUUCAGGCACAAGGUCCUUAUUCUGUUUAAACUGAUUCUCUUAGAGAAAAAGGUCCUGUUUUAUGUGUCACCAGUAAGUCGGCUUGUGGGGGCAUUAAUGACAACUUUAUCCUUAUUUCCAGGAAUGAUAGAGCAUGGCCUGGCAGACUCUUCACAUUAUAAACCAAGAAAGAGCAACUCAGAAGACAUAAAUCUAGCCGAGGUCACUGUCAGCUCUGAGGACUAUGUUUCUGUGAAUGUUUCAGACAUUUCCAACUCCAGUCAGGAAAGUGGUGAAGAUACAAAUCAGACCAAUGUUUUUUCAACAAAUGAGAUUUUUCAUGUGGACCACAUCUCCUCACAACAACAGAAAGAAAUAUGUCCACUUGUUAGUGAAGAUAAUCAUUUUCUAAAGCCUCCCUCUCGCACCUCUCCAGACUCAUCUGAAAGUGAAUGGGAAACCUUAGAUCCCAAUGCUCUUGAUGAAGGGGUUUCAACUGAAGGUUUACAGAAAGACUCUGUUGAGCAUCCGGAAACAUUUCUUACUGACCAGACUACAUCAACCACACAACCAAUCACUGUGCAGCCACAGCCAAAUACGGGGCAGUCAAUAGUUUACCCAGGACUUGUAUCUGGUCUAGAUGAAGACCAGUUUGGAUUACCGUUGGCAGUUUUUACCAAGGGUUAUCUGUGCUUACCUUACACAGCUCUACAGCAACACCAUCUACUGUCAGAUGUUAGUGUACGUGGAUUUGUAGCAGGAGCUACCAACAUACUGUUUCGACAGCAGAGGCAUCUCACUGAUGCAGUUAUUGAUGUGGAAGAGACCCGUAUACAAAUUCAUGACCCAGAUUUGAGGAAGGUUCUCAACCUUACCACAGCUGAUUUACGUUUCGCAGACUAUAUGGUGAAACAUGUCACAGAGAACAGAGAUGAUGUGUUCCUGGAUGGUACUGGGUGGGAAGGGGGAGAUGAGUGGAUCCGUGCACAAUUUACACUUUAUCUUCAAAGUCUUCUGUCUUCUACCCUACAGCAAGACAAUGAAAAAAUGUUGGCAGACUUUGGAAGUGCAUUUGUUACUGCAUGGAAAAUUACACACAACUACCGUGUCUGGCACAGCAACAAGCACCCCGCCUUUUCAGAUAUUAAUCCAGGUCAUCCAUUCCAAGGGCAGUACAGUGUUGCUGAUGUAAAACUACGGCUUUCACACUCUGUACAAAACAGUGAGCGAGGAAAGAAACUUGGUAAUGCUGUAAUUACGACAAGUCGCAGUGUGGUACAAACUGGAAAGGCAGUAGGCCAGUCUGUAGGUGGUGCACUGACCAGUGCCAAGUCUGCAAUGUCAUCAUGGUUCUCGGGCUUCUCACAGCCUACGUCUUCAGUUUACUCGGAGCCCCACUCUGGGAAGCACUGACACACCUUUGGUCAAGCCGAUGAGAGACACUGACUCGCCUUUUAUUGUUCUGUGUUCAUACAAACAUAACUUUACUCCUGAAGGCCACAUAAGUAUAAUUUGGGAAAUGUUACGUAGGUGAUCCUUGUGUACUGUCCAAGGACAUGCAAAUGCUGCUUUUCACAGUAGGAACUGGUGAUUGUCAAAAAUGGUAGAGUACAGUUUUGCACUAGUGUGUAUAGGCUGCUGAAAUAUUCCAUUAGUGAGAAAAUGUUAAGCUCCCACCUUCACUAUGAGUGACGCACCUGACUUGUUUACACCCAGCAUACAUCAGUGUCCUUUUGAGAUGUUUAGACCGUAAAUGUGAAUUCUCAGUGUGCACAUCAUAAAAGUUCACAGUGUCUGUAUUUAUACAAUAUAAAAUCUGUGGCGCCGACUGGAAAGUGUCAGUCCGUCCCUCAGUGUGCAGUAUUCAAUGUCAAGAGUGUUGAUCGCUGAAAUAUCAAAUACGGCUUUAGACUGCAGCACCUUCACAGUUUUUGUUCAGUUUUGAAUGUUCAUUUUUAAUACAAUUAUGCAGCACCUUGGGAUCAAGUUAUUUCCUAACCAGCACUUUCUGUUUAAGCAGACUAUACUUAAGAUAUUUUAUUGAUCACUUAAAAAACAAUGUAGAGAAUGGGACUUUAUUUCCUAUGAUUUGAGGACUUUGCAAAAGAGACUCUGUUAACUUUCUUAUUGGAAUGAUACUGACUGCACACAAAAGGGCAUGUUUAAUUUUGUCGUUUGCUAAUUAUGUAUUUUGAAUUCCGAAGCCUGCCAUGCGUGAAUUUUCUACGUAUUUCUUUUGUUUCUUUAGUACCUGAAUGAAGUACAUUAAUAUACGUUAUUUAAAAAAAACAAAAAAAAGACACAAAUGCGGACCGUUUUGAACCCACAAUUUGCACAUCUUUUAAAGCUGUCCUAUUCGCAGAGGUUUGAUGCCGAGCGGCGUUUUAGGAUCGCAUCAUAAAUGUAUUUAUUGUAGUUUUCUUAGAAAUCAUACAAAAAAUGCGUAUAAUAAAGUUGGCAAUAAGAAAGAUAUAUAUACUGUAUAUUUUAUUUUUGACCGAGACCCAAAUGUUGGAAUGCCACAAGCUAUUUUCUGUACAUGAUGUAAUUAUAGAAAAGGAAUGUCAAUGAAAUAGCACAUUUGAUGCCUGUAAGUCCUCCUGCAUCUGCAAAUGCAACAAAUUAUUUUUAUAUCCUCCAAGAAAUCUGACACUUUCUGUACUGAUAUAAACGUUAGCAGCAUGAUGGUUAUAUGUGCAAGCAAAAAAGUAAGCAACUGUUUAAAAAUGAUCAAGGGGUUUGAUCUUCUUUUUAUUAUUAUGGUUUGAUUUCUGUGCAUUUUGGUUUUUCUUUGGAAUAAAAUUUCACUAGGCUGGUGAUUUCCUAAUGAACUAUUGUACCAGAAGUUAGAGUUUAUUAUUUUCAAUGGUUGUUUUAUUGUAAGAUUGUAAUCAAAAUGUGAAAUAUGUCUUGAAUUCACUCCAACAACAACUUUCUUGAGAAAAUGAAUUCGGUAAAAAAAAAAUUGAAGUCAGGAUUGCACAAAAUAUUAAAAGAACUGUUUCAUGUU